AUGGCGGUGCAGGCAGCGUUGCUCAGCUCGCACCCCUUUAUACCCUUCGGUUUCGGAGGUUCCGCGGAAGGGCUGGUGAGCGCCUUCGGAAGUUUGGACAAGGGCUGCUGUUUCGAGGACGAUGAGAGCGGGGCACCCGCGGGAGCGCUACUGUCGGCAUCAGAGGGCGGGGACGUCCGCGAGGCCACCCGUGACCUGCUCAGUUUCAUAGACUCGGCGUCCAGCAACAUCAAGCUGGCGCUGGACAAGCCAGGCAAGUCCAAGAGGAAGGUGAACCACCGCAAGUACCUGCAGAAGCAGAUCAAGCGCUGCAGCGGCCUCAUGGGCGCCGCGCCUCCGGGACCGCCAUCCCCGAGCGCGCCAGACGCUCCAGCUAAGCGGCCGCCGGGCGCCCCGGGACCCCCAACCGUCGCCGGCCCGGCGCACUGCAAGGCCACCCCGAGGAGGGAGGCGACACAGGCCGCGGCUGCCGCCACCCUACAGAGCCGGAGCCUGGCUGCCCUUUUCGAUUCUCUGCACCAAGUCCCCGGGGGAGCAGAGCCGGCAAGCGAUGGGGUGACCAUGCCGGUCCCGGGCCUCGGGGCAGCGAGCUCUGCGGGCGAGGGGGCCGCCACCGCGGGGAGCUCAGCGGCCCCGGGCUCCAGGAAGGUUCCUCUGCGCGCCCGCAACCUGCCCCCGUCUUUCUUCACUGAGCCGUCCCGGGUGAGUGGCAGUGGCAGCGGUGGUUGCGGCUGCGGCCCCUCGGGCCAGGGCGUGAGCCUGGGUGACCUAGAGAAAGGGGCGGAGGCCGUCGAGUUCUUCGAGUUGCUGGCGCCGGACUUCUGCGCUGGUAACGAGUCGGGGGUCUUGCUGACAGCGGAGCCUCUGGACGCGUUCCCAGCUGGAGCCACAGUCCUACGGGGACCCUUGGAGCUGGAGUCGGGCCCCUUUGAGCCACCAGCGAUGGUAGGGAACCUACUCUAUCCUGAGCCGUGGAGUGCCCCAAGCUGUCCUCAGACCAAGAAGCCUCCUCUGGCUGGCGUUCGCGGAGGCCUGACCUUGAACGAGCCUGUGCGCCUCCUGUACCCCACCGCCUUGGACUCUCCAGGUGGGGAGGACACACCAGCUUUGGCCUCUUUUCCCCCUUUCUUCCCAGAUUGCGCGCUGCCGCCGCCCCAUCAGAUGUCCUAUGAUUACAGCGCAGGCUACAGCCGCGCGGUUUACCCCAACCUCUGGAGACCCGACGGGGUCUGGGAAGGGGCGUCUGGGGAAGACGGGGCACAUCCAGACUGA